UUAUAAAACACUGCGCAGGAUAGGUCAUUAGAGUCAUUUUGCAAACGAACGUUCCCGGGUACGAAGCAUAGCAGCAGGCCCGCAGCAUAGUCAACUCCUCGAGAGUCGAACGCGUGUGGUUUUUUUUGUGCCUCCUCCCCCGAGUUGUGGCUUCGUAAAACGAUUAGUGUGAAUUUGUGGUGUCGAAAAAGAAGUAUUCUGCUGCUAGGAAUAGAAGCAGUCUUCAGUUGAAUACUGGCGGAUACAGAGAUGCGCUUCCAGAAGACGUGGUUGCUAGUGGCCGGAGUGGCCGUACUCCUGGCGUAUGGCGCCGAGGCCCAGCAGCAGCGUAGACUGCGGGUACGUCCGAGGGUGCAGCAGCAUCAGGUGGAAUCCAGUGCUGAGCUGGAGAGCAUCGAAGAUCAGGAUAACCGGGCGCAGCAAGCGAUUCAGUACUAUCGUGCCCAAGCCCGCGAGGAUGAGGAUCCCCGGCAGCUGGUGCUGGUGGCCAGCGAUGAUGACUACAACGGUCAGUACGGAACACCGGCUCCGAGAGCGCGCGCCGAUACGUAUCGGCCACCGGUGAAGGUAACCACCGCGGCACCACUGGCUGCACGCCAGAAGGUCCAGGAAGCCCGGGCACCACCAGUUCAGACGAUCCGAAACUACAACAAGGUCAACGACGAUGGAUCGUUCACGUUCGGUUAUGAAGCCGCUGACGGUUCGUUCAAGGAGGAAACCCGAGGCACCGAUUGUGUAGUGCGCGGAAAGUACGGAUACAUCGACCCAGACGGUAACAAACGUGAGUUCACCUACGUCUCUGGAAACCCAUGCGACCCCAACAACCCGGAAGGCAGCGAGGAGGAGCAAGACAAAUCCGAGGAAGACGCCAACGAGAAUGUUCCACAAAACUACCCCAAGAGACCUGUUGCCCCACGUCCUGCCGUCCCACGUCCAGUCCCCACUCGACCUGCCCAAACCACCCCUCGUCCAACUACCACUGUCUUCCAGAACACCUACACCUCGAACUACGACGAUGAGGAGUCCGAGGAAGAGGUUCAAAUUGGCCAACGCCCCCGUCCAGUAGCUCGCCCAUUCUCGAACCAACCCCAGACUGUAACUCAGCGUCCACGCGUGCAGGUCAUAAACACUACCCCCAACAGCUUCUCCCGCACUCCGACUCAAACCUCUCCCGUGAACAUCACCCCUAAACCAGUUUACCGCCUGGCUUCACCAAAUACCAUCCAAUCCCAACCCCCACCAACGACCUAUCGACCAGACACCACCACCCCGCUCAGCAAUUUCUUCUCCACUACCAAAGCUGACGCACUUCUCGGCGGCACCCGCCAGCCACUGGACUUUGAUGCUGAGUUCAAGAAAUUCCAGCACGAGAACAAGAUCCCAUCCACCACCCCUGCCAAGCCAAGCUCAUCUUCGACCCAGAAGCAGGUCACCAAGAACCCCGUCUACCAGACCCAGCUGGUGUUCGAUCCCCAGACCGGUCAGUACGACACCGGAUACUACCAGCAGCUUCCCCAGAGCGAAGGUGACUUCCAGCUGAACCACCGCAUCCAGCCUUUCGUUCAAAAUCCCGCCGCCCACCAGCAGUCCCAGCUGGUUUCUCUGGAGCAGCUCCAGCAGCAGAGCCCACUGUACCGGCAGCAACAGCCCCAACCUGCCCCUGCUCAGGUCCAAAUCCCUCAGCAAAUCUACCAGAAACAACAAAACGAACUGCAGUUCGUGAACAGCCAGCAGCUGUUCGCCCAGCAGGUUGAACUGCAGCAGAACCAGCUGCGUAACGACCGGUUGGAGGCCGCCAAAAAGGUCAACAGUGGCCUUCGCUACCAGACAGCCGCUCCCCAGCAUCUCCGCCUCCAACCCCAGCCCCAGCAACAGUACUACUUCAUCCCACCUCAGGGACAAUCCGGUGGCCAGAUCGAUGCCUUCCUGCGGGGACACAACAUCGAGUACUAAACCAGUCCUUACCAUCCCCUCCCUCACCCACUCGAAAACCACUCCCAUUUCCCCCCGUACUCCCUUAUAGUAGCUAGAGUUUUGUGUUUUGUCUAGUUGUUUAGAAUGCGAAGUGAAGCCAUCUAUUUUUGUGUCGUGUUAAGGUUUAAUUUAAUGCUGAGUUUCUACUGCCUUAUGCCCCGCCGGAGGGAGCGGCGUUGGUUCCCCUAAUUCCUCUCUCCCCGUACCUAAUUUAAACAAGUCCCUGAAUCAUUCUCACUUUCUUCCUCCUUUCCGUGCCGCGAAUCACCGCGGCUCGGGCCAAGACUUUUACGUAAUAUUUAACCAUGUUAAGUGAACCGGGCUCAGAUUUGUUGUUCCGAGCGCAAAUUGUUGAUAGAGUCGUUGUUAGGGAGCUAGGCAGCAAACGAACAAUGAAUUAUUGUGUAAAUAAGUGACAAGAUACUUUGAUUGUUUGUGUUGUGUUUGCUUUUUCGGAGCCGCCGCCGUUUUGAAGUUUAUUUUGAGACCAUGCGAAAGAGAGAGAAAAAAACAGGAGAAAGCCCUGCGUUCCGUCUUUCUCCGGCUCGGUUUGGCUCUUGUGUAGGUUUACCGUUAUACGAUACGAUAUGAGUUAAUUGCUAAUCGAAUUGAGGAAAUAUUAAAAAAUAUAUAUGUGAAAAAAAAGUCA